CGCGUCCUCUUCGGGGCGCUGAGUGGAACUCGGAGGCGUCCCGCAGUUGGGGCUGGUGGUAGGGCUCGCUGGCCCUCAGGGACGCGAAGACCGAGUGCAAAGCACCAGGAGUGCAUCCCCAGAACAGGAUAAAAAAAUGUCAGUUCUCACUUCUCCAAGAGGAACGGUAGAAGUGGUUCAUUGCCGAAGAACAGAAUCUCAGGAUAUUUGUUGCAUCCAAAAGCUUAUUAGAAAAUUUACCCAGAAGCUUUUCGGGAAGCUUAACCUCAUCUAUCUUCUGGAAAAGGCAAACCUUGCCAUUACCCUUCACAACGACAGAGAGGAGAUCAUGGCCCAUGCCAUCUUUGUGGAUUAUCCGAACUGGAAUGUUGCCCAGCAGGACAACUGGGUGUCUGUGUUCCGGGAGCUCGACUCCGAUAUUCCGUGCACACCUCUGAACACCUUGUUCAUGCACCUCUUUGUGGCUGUGGAUGAGUAUUCCAAUGGCUGCUGCAAAGAAAUGUUGCGGACUGUGUUUAAAGCAGUGCCAGAGCUGCACUUCAUAUUUCUCAUCGUGCCUGCUUACAUGAGCAUAGGCUCAACUCUCAUAAAUGUGUUUGACCUAGUGGGGAAUGUUCCGAGUCUGGCUUUCGAUGAGGAUUUUUCUGUGCAUAUAUGUCACAGGCACAAUCAUUACCCCCAGCUGCACAUACGGAGAGCCAGGGUAGAAGAUCAUGAUGCUCUUAUGCCAAUACUGAUGCGCCAUGACACAUUUCUGAAGGAGACAUAUGGGGAAUACUUCCUGGCCGAGCUAAUUGAGGCCCAAGAUGAAGAGAAUCAAGCUGCUGUGUGUGAGGUAGAAGGUAUGGCUGUUGGGUUCAUGAAUGUCUGCUCAAGAGUGAACAUACAGCUCCUGCACGAGUGCUUUGAUCUGGGGCCUUUCCAUGGACUCUGCAUCCCGCAUCCGGAGGAUGUUCUGGAACCACCGAAGAAGUUAAAACUUUACAAGAAUAAAGAUGCUGAGCUGAAGAGCAGCAGCUACGAAUCUAUGAAAAAAUUGGAGAAAUUAUCAGAACCUGUAGCUUCAGAGCCUGUAGAAAGUGCCCAGAAGAAAAUUGUGGAAGAAACAGAACCGCAGAAACUUUCCACAGAAGUGCAACACGGAGUCAGUGAGGUAGAGGUCAGAAAAGUCAGUCCAGUUUCCUCGGUGGGUGAAUUGCAUCAUUCUUUCAGUGAUCCCAGCCUGACACCCACCCUGAUGCCCGACACCAGCUCCUUCCGCCCAGUCUAUAAAGGAGCUGCCUCUGCUUUUUGUAUUCAGCUGUUUUGUGUAGAUGAAAAUUAUGAAGCAAGGUCACUGGACUUUAUGGAUUUUGUUUUUGGUCUUUUUCCUAACAAAAACUUCUGUGUCAUUUCUCUGCCGCAUAUGACCCCCGAGUUUGUUCUCAUCCAGAACUUCGUGAAGAUAGUCCCCUUCAGCAACUGCACUCUCGAGCAGGAUCUCUACGUCUUCCAUCGGGCUGGAUUGCUCAAAUCCAUUAAUAUAAGAUUUGCCACUAAAUCUGAUGUUCCUGGAGUUGAGAAUCUUGUCAGCACCCUCGUGCUGAGCAGGAGCAUAUUGGACGAUGUGAACCAGUACACGAACGCUUACAAAGAUGCUGAUGGAACACCACUUCAGGCAUUUGUGGCUAGUGUUGCGGAUCAAGUAGUUGGUGUUGCAGUGACCAGAGAUGAAAUGGACAUAGAGUACAUCCGAUCCCACUACAAUAUUGAAGAUUUCAUCUACUUUUCUCACCACCAGCGUCGGGAACACACACACUUAUAUCAUUUUGCCCUGAAUCCCAUCUUCCGACACUACUCCAAGUUUUUUCUCAAGGAGAUCUUCCGUUUAGGUUUUAAAUCCUGUCUCUAUUACCCAAUAUACCAAACACACAGGGAAGGCAAGUUCCAGAGCUCCCUCGCGCACUCGCUGACGUCUGUCCUGCAUCACCUGGUGCCCGUGCGGCCGCGGCGGCAGAUCGUCUACCCCCUGGAGAAGCUGGGCAUCAACGCCCCGUCCGAGUCAGUCUCAAAGGAGCCGUUGGGUUUUGCUUUGUAUCAUACGAACAGAAAACUAACACUGGAGCCUAAAAUAACUGUCAAUGCCAAGAUUGUGGUAGUUGGUGCAUCUAAUGUUGGAAUUUCCUUCCUAGAGACAUUGGUAUUUUGCUCUCACCUGAAGUUUAGCAAUCUCACGCUGAUUUCAACCCAUGGACUUCCAGGGAAAAGACUUCUGGAGUCUGAAGAGAGGAAGUUUUUAUCAACCGACCACUGUUUUAAUGAUAAAGAUCACGCACUGAUGUUGUUGUGUUCCUGGGUGAAUGUGGUAGUUGGUCGAAUGACUGCCAUAGAUCGAGCAGCCAAGCAUGUGGUGGUUUCCAAAGAUGAAAUUGUGCUGUACGACCACCUCAUCCUCUGCACUGGGCAGCAAUACCAGGUCCCUUGCCCUUCGGGCGUGGAUAUUAAUUUGCUCCCAACAAAUAGGGAGGUUGCAAACAAGAGUAAGCAGCGAUACACUGGUCAAGUUCCUCGAAAUCAUUUCCUUCUCAACGACGAAGAAGAUUGCUUCGAGACAUUGGCUUGGAUAAGGAAUAAUUCCAUCAUCCCAGAAGGAAAUGUCAUCGUCUAUGGGAAUACUCUUGACACAUACACCACCGUGGAAACACUCUUACACAUUGGCAUCAAGGGAUGCCACAUCUACCUGGUGCAGCCCCCGUGCCUGUACACCACCACCUGCUUCAACAACUACGUUGUGGACAAUGCCAUGGAUGCUGCACUUGCAGCAGAGGGAGUGACUGUCUACAGGGACGCUCUCCUGGCUCAGUGGAAUGACGGGCAGAACCCAGAUCCCAUCUACUGUGCCAGCUUCACUACAUUCACCAAGCCGUUCAAACUCUUCUGUUCGAUGUUCUUCAGCUUUUGUGAGAAGAAUGUGGAUUAUGAAACAUUUAAAGCAUUCAAUGAUGCGUGUCUUGUCUAUGAUGGCCGACUUGUGAUAGAUACCAGCUUUCACACUAAUGACCUGGCCAUCAGAGCUGCUGGAUCCCUCACCAAGUUUUCUAAUCGAUAUUACGCAAAUGAAUGGACUCACAGCAACUUCAGUUCCAAAGAGAUUGGUUUUCAGCUGGCAGCAACUAUGCUCAACCUCUUUGAUCCGACGAUAGAGCCUGUGACUGAGCCACCUCCUGAACUCGAUCGACUUAUACCCAUGUACAAAGGACCCAAGAUUCAAGGUGGCAUCCUUCCAAGGUCUUACUAUUAUCUGCAUAUUGCCAAGCCUGCCAUUCCAACUCCCUUAGAAGUACAUAUGACCCAGGCUGAUUUUGGCACAGAGAUAGUGACAGGUACUGCAAGUGACGGAAAUUACUUCCGAAUACAUAUUAAUAAGUAUAACAUGGUGGAAACCAUCACAUGCCUUUCGAAGAAGCCUUUCCCCACUUCCAACUAUAUCCGUUUGUUUGGCCAACAUGAGCAAGUCCUCAACAACCUGUGUAGUCGAUUCAGUGACAACAUGAUCCCAGAUCUCUAUAGCUUCUUUGAGGAGUCGUGGUCCAUGGCCAUUUUUCACGAUCGUUUUAUUGAUCUCAGGAAAAAGUUACGCCAAAUCUUAAUCUCCUCAGAGGAAGAAAACUCACCAUCCAUGGAUCAGUUAGCCUUGCAGAUAGAAGACGAGGAGCUCACCCUGAACGAGAAGCCCCGCAAGUACCUUAAGCAAGUCUACGAACAAAGCAUCUAUAAGCCGCUGGUGGAGAAGAGCAUCCUGGACUACCUGCACUACAAUCACUACCACCUGCCCAUGUACGCCUGGCCAGGCAUCAUUUAGUUCUGGCCCUGUGCUUGGAAAUCUGGCGUCUCAAAGCCUGGCUGAACUAGCACAUGGGUGAGUUUCUUUUCCACAUCCAUUGAUGCCUGGAAUUUUCUGUCACUCCAGAAGGUGGCGCAUGGCCAUCUGCCUCUAUUCUGGGGCAGGGCAAGGCUCUUAAUACCAACCCAUUCCUGUGCAGAAUAAACCAUUUUAACAGUAAAACGUGAUUGUAUUGUAUAAAAUUCGCAUGUGUGUUUACUUUGGGUACUAUUCUAUUUGAUUUUAUGAAAUGUCUUGCCUUAAUUAUGUUGAGUCUCAUGUGUUUCUCCACCAGUAUUAUUGAGCAGAAAAUCUUGC